UUGGCCUAUCCACAUUCACAUUCAACUCCUUGCUUGCAAAUUAUGGAGAAGCAAAACAAGAGGUUGGCAGUUUUGGUAGGCUGCAAUUACCCCAACACCCGGAACGAGCUCCAUGGUUGCAUAAACGAUGUACUCACCAUGCGCGACACGCUGGUGAGUCGGUUUGGGUUUGAUCGGAACCAAAUUGAGCUAUUGACUGAUGAUGGAUCUGCAGCAGUCUUGCCAACAGGUGCAAACAUUAAGAAGGCACUUGGUGAAAUGGUUGACAAGGCUGAACCAGGAGAUGUCCUCUACUUCCACUAUAGUGGGCAUGGAACAAGGAUUCCAUCAGUGAAACCAGGCAGGCCCUUCAGGCAGGAUGAGGCAAUUGUGCCUUGUGAUUUCAAUCUCAUCACCGAUGUGGAUUUCAGACAAUUAGUAAACCGGUUGCCAAAGGGAGCAAGCUUUACAAUAGUGUCGGACUCAUGCCACAGUGGAGGUCUCAUUGACAAAGAGAAGGAGCAAAUCGGACCUUCUCAUGUCACAACUGAAAUCAGUAGCACGUUAUCUGGUUCCUAUAACAAGACCAAGGCAAUUCCUUUCGAAUCCAUAUUGGAGCACCUCGUCUCCUUAACUGGCAUAAGUACAUCAGACAUUGCAACCCACUUGUUAGAGUUGUUUGCAGCCGAUGCCAGCCUCAAGUUUCGCUUGCCUCUACUCGAACUCAACUUCUUCGAGUCGUUGAAGCCAGAUGAGGGAAUUCUUCUGAGCGGGUGUCAGGCCAAUGAGACAUCGGCGGACAUGAUGAACCCGGUGAUGACGGGCGGAAAGGCAUGUGGAGCAUUCAGCAAUGCUAUUGAAAUGGUUUUGAAGAAGCAUGAGUCUCCGCUACGUAAUAGAGAGAUCGUGAUGCUGGCCAGAAUAGUUCUUAAAGAACAAGGCAUUGAGCAGCAUCCUUGCCUCUAUUGCAAUGAUGAGAAUGCCGAUGCUACUUUCUUGUGUCAACCGGCUCUUCAGAACUCGAGUUUAUAAGAUAUCUAUUGUUUUAUUUUUAUUUUUAAAGAUACCUAUUUAUGACUCUACUACACUGUAUGUGUUGAUAAAAAAUAAAAUAAAUUGGAAGUAAAAACACAAGACUUAGCACAAAAUUUUUUAAAAAAUUGUAUAAUUACUGUAUGUAUUUAAUGUACAGAGUCACCUUUCCAUAUAUUAACUUGUUAUUGGUCUCAUAAUUGGAUGAGGGAUG